CACCACUUUGUCACGUUUUGAACGACUCUAAGCAUCGUGAUUCGAGUUUGAGAUCUGUGGUAUCGAAUGAGAUAGAUUCCUUGAAGGAGCCUCACUGCACCGGCAUACCAUCCAUUGACCAAUCCGCCUGUUUCAUCAUACGCAAUACCCAACGUGCCUAGUCAGCCUGACCCUAGUCUCGCCUAGGCAAGGUUCGAACGACGACCUGACUACAACAUUGCCCAAUUUGCUGUACUUUGAGUUUGAAUCUUGUGCGAUCCCUUCUCAACGUUCAAGGCCAACAUCUCCCUGGAUUUUCGCUUCUCUGACACCUUUCCUUUGGCCUAGUGGACCAAACUAGCGGAGCGGCUUAGAGACACUCAGCCUUGGAGCGGAUAUAGUCUUAUAAGCUCUAUGAAGUGGAGGGAGACAAACAGUCAAACGCACCAUGCGAUGUAUGUGCAUGAUACGUGAGCCCACACAUAAUUCUCGGGUCCAAAAUUGUGACAAUGGAUGAAAACGCCCAACCUGAUCGGCAAACAAAGGACGGAAAUCGCUGGUUUAAUUUCAUCUCAUCUUGUUCCUCCCUCUUUCAAUCUCACACCUGGAGACAGUCUUCGAAUAUCUACACCAACUCCACGCCACUUGCUAGCGCCGAAUCGACGACAAAAGCAUACACGGGAAAUCGCAUUCGGCGAUCGCGAAAGCUGAGGAUGUCGUUUGACAAUAGCGCCAGCCCAAGUGCUCUCCGGAAGAUCAUUGAUGAUGGCAGUUUCUGGACCUUGCCUGAUCUCAAAGUCCUGGAAAUCAUCAAGAAUGAAUUCUCCGACGAACUAAAGAGGUUGCAAAAGGCCACCUUCAUCCGAAAUCCGAAUGCGCCGCGGCCCAGAGGCAAAUCGAUUUCGGAAAAUUUAUAUCAACAAGACUUUGCUGAAGUCAAUCGAACCCUUGUAGGGGUGCUGGCCCUUCGAUGGCUACACAAUAACCAAUACGAGGAGUUUAUUGGGACCCAAUCGCCACCAGCGAUCGUUCUCCAGCCCGACUCGUUUGCCUGGUUACGAAGGAUUUUUAGCGACUUUAUCAAGAGUGGAGAUGACAUUUACACACUCAUCACCUCGAUGGUGACCAACGACUUGGGCAAAGACCCCAAUCUAGCCAGCGACUACGCGAAAAAGAUCGGACAGGACAUUUCCCAGGUCAACCACGACAUGAUCCUCUACCGCGCCGUCAAGGUCGGCCUAGUACCAGCAUUGAACAACUUGAGCCUACAAAACCAAGACGACGUACUUCUAGGCAUCAAACUCGGAUCCAACUUCAAUUUCGGACAAUUGGCUCAAGCCGAAAACGCUCCUGCCUCGUUAGCCGGACUGUUGGAGAUGCGAGGACACAAAAGAGCAUUCGAGUUACGAUUCUUAGAACAAGUCUUGGACUUGUCUGGCGCCGCCGGUCACGAAGAUUGGACAUGCGCCAAAAAGAUGAUCGAACCGAUUUUCCAGUCUUAUAAGAAUGUAUAUGACGUGGCACAUGCGAUCAUCGGCGGCAAGAAGACCCUUCGACAAGGAUAUGACAUGAUCCUGAUUCGCAAACUCGAAUUAUUGCACCGAGCGGGAUAUAAGCGACAAUUCGACAUUCACGACCCGACGGAUCGCGCAUUGAUGAGGCUCUUUUGUAUUGGAAACACCACCGACACGGACAGCGCGGAUGUUUUCUUCGCGGCGUUCAGAGAGAGGUUGUCGGAUAAGACGCGUCAGAAAUUAGUCAGGGGGUUGAAUGUCGAUGGAGGGGAAGGGUGUCCGGCGGUACAACCGACGUAUAUUCCAGCUAUGCUCACUAAAGCUGCUGGGAAUACUGCGACGGGAGCGGUUGAAGAGAAAGUCAGAUCUAUUACGGCAAUGUUGAGGUAUCUUACUCGAUGUCUGGUGGUUACAUCGGAAGAUUUGGCGAAUUUGCCGGAGACGAUCACAGUGAUUGAAAGGGAUGUGAGGAAGUUGAUCCCAGUGUUGGAUAGUAGGGAGUUCAGAGAGAAUCCAAAUGUCUUGGACGAUGAACCAAUACCAGGCAAUCAGGUUGCGAAUAAGGUAUCGCAUGUGGGAAGAUAACG